UUGUCAGGUGUAGAACUGCUGUAAUGGGUCAGAGCAUUAGAAAAAAAACAUUACGCGCGAGCUUUGGACUGUCAGGAGUUUUAAUUCUUCUUGAAGUCGGUAUAUGAAGAAAUGCGACAGUAAUGAAAGUGCGGUGAAGACUGUCCUACAUGAGAUUCUCCCAUCUGUAUUUUACACACUUGUGUUCUAUUAAGAACCCAGUAUGGGUGCAACAUUAUUUGGUAUUUUGCACUGAAUUUUAGUUAAUCCCAGAGGCGUUGAACUACUUCCGGAAGUGUACUUAUACACCUUCGUGUUGGGUUUCUUAUUUAAUAGUUUAUACUUCAGAGGCAGAUUUUUUUUCAAUACCUCAUAGCUAUAAACGACCUCUCUGCAGUGUUUUACCCACAAGAUAUAAUAAUGAUGAUGAUGAUAAUAAUAAUGAUAGUAUUUGAAACCUAAAAUAUAAAUUCGUCCUUGUAGGCUACCUGUCAUUAAAGGUAGGCGUCAGUGAAUGGGAAUGCGCUACGUCACACAGUGGGCGGGUUUACCAGGACGUUGCCUCAUGGAUUUGCGCGUGCACGGUUUGUUUGGAGACUUGUUUGGAUGUUUGUUUGGAGGCUUAAUUGUACCCGAGUAAUUUUUAUUAUCUGUAAUGCGGAUUUAUGACUCAACUGUUUUGGAUUUGCGUUUGAUUCUCUUCUUCUCUCUUGUUCCACUUGUUUCUCUCCUCAAGAGUUAAAUACUGAUGGAUGUUCCAGCUCCUCUGGAUGCCUUGUCAAAGGAUGGCGGUUGUAUUAAAUGUGAGUGAAAUCCAGCUCUGAUGUUUUUUUUGUUUUGUUUUUUUUUUUUGCCUAAGAAGAGCAGAGUUGGUUUGUGGUGGAGCUUGAAGUCUGCAGCCAAACAUGUUCAACCUGAUCAAAAAAGACAAGGAGAAGGAUGGGGCGAAGAAGGACAAGAAAGAGAAGAAGGAAAAAAAAGAGAGAAUGUCCCAGGCUGAGCUGAAGAGCCUGGAGGAGGUAGGCGUGCGACGGGGGUUCUUCAGCCUACAGCGUGGUGGAUCCAAGAGAGAAUCCAGGGCCAAAUUGGAGAUUUCUGACCCUAUUCCAAUACAAGUGGUCAGCAACCCAGAGCUCACCCUGACGGACGCACCUUCCGAGAAGAUCAACAACCGAAGCAGCGUGCUCCUGGAUGUGGGCCGUAUAAGCACCACCACCUCCAGUGACAACAUUAAAGGGGACGCUAUGCUGGACGUUCAGAGGUCCUCUUUCAGAGAGCAGGCCACUAGACCCGGAUCCCUGUCAAAGCAAGGUUCCCCGGUGUUGAAGCUUAUAAAACGCUUAUCCUUCUCGCAGAAGAACAAAGAGGAGAGUCCUUCAGAAGGUUCGGUUCCAUCAGGACCAAACUCGGCUGCUGGUUCUCCACAAAUGGAGCACAAGGUUUUACAGCAUGUGCCCAAAUACAUCUCCCACCGACGUGUCCCACUCAAGAAGGUCCAGAUACCCUUAUUAGUGGAGAAAAUGUUUCCAGCAGACUUGCGUUUAUCUGCCGUCAUGCCGCCCGAGGUGCCUGAACCCAGAGAGCUCGAACUCCAGCGGCGCAACACGGGCGACUUUGGCUUCUCCCUACGGCGCACCACCGUGCUGGACCAAAAACCCGAUGGCUCUGUCUACCGUCGUGUGGUCCACUUUGCUGAGCCUGGUGCUGGCAAGACAGAUGCGGUUCUGGGCCUGGUACCAGGAGACCGUCUGGUGGAGAUCAACGGGUUGAACGUGGAGAAUAAGAACAGGGACGAGAUUGUGGAGAUGAUCCGGCAGUCAGGAGAGACCGUCCGUCUGAAAGUGCAGCCUAUUGUGGAGCUGAGCGAGCUCAGCCGAUGCUGGUUAAGAAAAAGCUCCGGAGUACGUGGUGAGGCCUACGAGGUGAAGACCGAGGAGCAGAUCGCUGCAGAACGAGCCUGGUUUGGCACAGAGAAAGUAUGGCUGGUUCACAAAGACGGCUUUUCUUUAGCGACCCGGCUGAAGUCAGAGGACGGAAGUGUUCCAGAGGGGAAAGUGAAGAUCCGACUGGAACACGAUGGGACGAUUCUGGAAGUGGACGAGGACGAUGUUGAAAAGGCGAACCCUCCGUCGUCUGACCGCGUGGAGGAUCUGUCUUCGCUGCUCUACCUGAACGAGUCCAGCAUCAUGCACUCACUGCGACAGCGCUACGGAGGAAACCUCAUCCACACGUACGCCGGGCCGAACAUAGUGGUCAUCAACCCUGUCAGUGCGCCGUCCAUUUACUCGGAGAAGGUGAUGCACAUGUUUAAAGGCUGCCGCAAAGAAGACACGGCCCCUCAUAUUUACGGCGUGGCUCAGGCUGCGUACCGGAAACUUCUGACAACUCGCCAGGACCAGUCCAUUGUACUGCUGGGUAAAAGCGGCAGUGGAAAAACCACCAACUGUCAACACCUGGUACAAUACCUGGUGACCAUCGCAGGCAACAACAGCAAGGUGUACUCAGCUGAGAAGUGGCAGGCUGUCUACACCAUCCUCGAGGCGUUUGGGAACUGUAGUACCUCCAUGAACGGGAACGCCAGCCGCUUCUCCCACAUCGUCUCUCUGGACUUUGACCAGGCCGGUCAGGUGGCUUCCGCUUCAAUCCAGACCAUGUUGCUGGAGAAGUCGAGAGUGACACGGUUCCCGGACGCUGAAUCCACAUUCAACGUCUUCUAUUACAUGAUGGCAGGAGCUGACAGUUCUCUCAAAACCGAGCUGCACUUCAACCACUUUGCAGAGAACAGUGCCUUCGGGAUCCUGCCUCACUCCAAGCCUGAAGAGAAACAAAAGGCCGCUCAGCAGUUCGCUAAACUCCAGGCUGCAAUGAAGGUGUUGAGCAUUUCUGCAGAAGAACAGAGAACCUUCUGGCUGCUCCUGGGCACCAUCUACCAUCUAGGAGCCGCAGGAGCCACCAAAGAGUCAGAUGAAGCCGGCCGCAAGCAGUUUGCCAGACACGAAUGGGCUCAGAAAGCGGCGUAUCUCCUGGGCUGCACUCUGGAAGAGCUCUCGUCGUCCAUCUUCAGACCCCAGGCCAAGGGAACGCUGCCACGAACCUCCAGCAUCCGCCAGGGGGCCGAGGACUCCGGAGACAGCUCAGGUUCAAAGGCCACGGCAAUGGAGUGUUUGGAGGCCAUGGCUUCCAGUUUAUACUCGGAGAUCUUCACCCUCCUGGUCUCCCUCAUCAACAGAGCUCUGAAGUCCACGCAGAAGCACUCGUUGUGUUCCGUGCUGAUCGUAGACACUCCAGGCUCCCAGAAUCCUCGGCAGGCCAAGAGCGAGAGAGGUGCUACCUUCGAGGAGCUCUGUCACAACUACGCUCAAGAGCGACUGCAGGCGCUAUUCCACGAGCGCACAUUUGUGCAAGAGCUGGAUCGCUACAAGGAGGAAAACGUCGAGCUGGCGUUAGACGACAUGGAGCCGAGUCCGUCGCUGUCCGUCGCUGCUGUAGACCAGGCGUCCACUCAGGCCUUGGUGCGGACGCCAUCAAGGACAGAUGAAGCGAGGGGGCUGUUCUGGCUGAUGGAAGAGGAGACGCUGCACCCAUCGGGAUCAGAGGACACACUACUGGAGAGACUCUUUAGCUACUACGGCCCUGCAGAAGGAGAGAGCAAAGGCCACACGCUGCUGCUGAAAAGCGAGCGGCCGCAUCACUUCCUGCUCGCCCACAGCCAUGGCACAGACUGGGUGGAGUACGAUGCCCGCGGUUGGCUGAACCAGGCCAAGCAAAACCCCGCCUCCCAGAAUGCAGUGAACCUCCUACAGAAUUCACAAAAGAAGAACAUCAGUGCCUUGUUUAUGGGCCGCUCGAGCAGCGCGACGGUGCUGUCAGGCUCCAUCGCCGGGCUGGAGGGCGGCUCUCGGCUCGCUCUGCGCCGUGCCACCAGCAUGAGGAAGACCUUCACCACCGGCAUGGCUGGCGUGAAGAAGAAAUCCCUCUGCAUCCAGAUCAAGCUCCAAGUGGAUGCACUGCUGGACACGGUCAGGAGGUCGAGGGUUCACUUUGUGCACUGCCUGCUGCCUAAGACAGAUGCUUUACGGAGCUCCGGCUCUGCCGAGCUCCAGGGUGAGAGCUGUGAUCCAGGCCUCAUGCAGCUGGACGUGUCCUUACUGAGAGCUCAGGUCCGGGGCUCGAAACUGCUGGACGCUCUACGCAUCUACAGACAAGGUUAUCCAGACCACAUGGUGUUCUCCGAGUUCCGGCGUCGCUUCGACGUCCUGGCUCCACACCUGACCAAAAAGCUUGGCCGUAACUACAUCGUAAAGGAUGAGAAAAGGGCCGUCGAGGAGCUGCUGGAGAGCCUGGACCUGGAGAAGAGCAGCUAUCACAUGGGCUUGAGCAGGGUGUUUUUCAGAGCGGGGACUUUGGCUAAAUUAGAGGAGCAGAGAGAUGAGCAGACCAAACGCAACAUCACGUUGUUCCAGGCUACCUGCCGGGGUUAUCUGUCCCGCCAGGCCUUCAAGAAGAGGAAGGUCCAGGACCUAGCGAUCCGUUGCAUCCAAAAGAACAUCCAGAAGAACCGGGGUGUGAAGCACUGGCCCUGGUGGAAGCUCUUCACCAAUGUGCGUCCUCUCAUCGAGGUCCAGCUCAGCGAGGACCAGAUCCGAGGAAAAGAUGAGGAGAUCCAGCAACUGAAAGCGAAGCUUGAGAAGGUGGAGAAGGAGAGGAACGAGCUCCGGCUGAACACAGAUCGGCUGGAGAGCAAAAUCACAGAGCUGUCCACGGAGCUCUCGGAUGAGAGGAACACCAGCGAGUCGGCGUCCCAGCUGUUAGAGACGGAGACGGCAGAAAGGCUGCGUCUGGAGAAGGAAAUGAAGGACCAGCAGACAAAGUUUGAGGAAAUGAAAAAGCAGAUGGGAAGCAUGGAGGUGGAGGUGAUGGAGGCGCGGCUCCUCAGAGCGACGGAGCUUAACGGAGAGAUGGACGACGACGAUGACACUGGUGGCGAGUGGAAGCUGAAGUACGACCGAGCUGUCCGAGAAAUAGACUUCACCAAGAAGAAAUUACAGCAGGAGUUUGAAGACAAGUUUGAGGCAGAGCAGCAGAACAAGAGGCAUUUGGAGAGAAAGUUCGCCGACCUGCAGGCGGAUCAGGAGGAGACUCAGCGCUCUCUACAGCAGGCGAAGAAGAAAUGCCAGAGAUUAGUGGCCGAGCUCCAGGACACCAAACUGCACCUGGAGAACCAGCAGAGCCGCAACCACGAGCUGGAGAAGAAGCAGAGGAAGUUUGAUAUGGAGCAGAACCAGACUCAGGAUGAGGUGCAGAGAGAGCGGGCACAACGGGAGAAACUGGGCAGAGAAAAGGAUGUGCUGACUGGAGAAGUGUUCACAAUCAGACAGCAACUGCAGGACAAGGAGCUGGAGCUGUGUGGGAUGAAGGUACAGCUGGAGCAGCUGGAGGCCGAGCUACAGGAUCUCUCCUCUCAGGAGUCGAAGGACGAGGCAUCGCUGGCCAAGCUGAAAAAGCAGCUACGUGACCUUGAGGCAAAGGUCAAAGAUCAGGAAGAGGAGCUGGAUGAACAGGCUGGAACCAUCCAGAUGCUGGAGCAGGCUAAGCUGCGUCUGGAGAUGGAGAUGGAGAGGCAGCGGCAAAUGCAUUCAAAGGAGCUUGAGAGCAAAGAUGAAGAGGUAGAGGAGAUCAGACAGUCAUGUAGUAAGAAGCUGAAACAGAUGGAAAUGCAGUUGGAGGAGGAGUAUGAUGAUAAGCAGAAGGUUGUGAGAGAGCGGAGAGAGCUGGAGAGCAAACUGCUGAACGCUCAGGACCAGGUGAGCCACAGGGACGUGGAACUGGAGAAGCGUCUGAAGAAAGAUCUGAAGCGCACCAAGGCCUUGCUGGUUGAUGCCCAGCUCAUGCUCGAUCACCUGAAGAGCAACGCCCCGAGCAAGAGAGAGAUCUCGCAGCUCAAGAACCAGCUGGAAGAGUCAGAGUUCACCUGUGCUGCAGCUGUGAAAGCUCGCAAGUCCAUGGAGCUGGAGAUCGAGGACCUGCACAUCCAGAUGGAGGACAUCUCCAAGGCCAAGAUGUCGCUGGAGGAACAGAUCAGCAGACUGCAGAGAGAAAAGAACGACCUGCAGUCGCGUCUGGAGGAGGACCAGGAGGACAUGAACGAGCUGAUGAAGAAGCAGAAGGCAGCUGUGGCCCAGUCGAUGAGGGACUUGGCUCAGAUCAGCGACCUGCAGACUCAGCUGGAGGAGGCCGCAAAGGAGAAGCAGGAGAUUCAAGAUAAGCUCCAGUCAGUGCAGAGCCAGCUGGAGUUCCAGGAGCAGUCAAUGGUGGAGAAGUCUCUGGUCAGCAGGCAGGAAGCCAAGAUUCGCGAGCUGGAGACUAAGCUGGAGUUCGAGCGCUCCCAGAUCAAACGCCUGGAGGCCCUGGUGACGCGGCUGAAGGAGAACAUCGAGAAGAUGACCGAGGAGAGGGACCAGCGCUCGGCUGGCGAGAACCGUGAGAAAGAGCAGAACAAGCGCAUGCAGCGGCAGAUCCGCGACAUCAAGGAGGAGAUGACCGAGCUGGCCAAAAAGGAGGCUGAGGCCAGCCGCAAAAAGCACGAACUGGAAAUGGACAUCGAGAGCCUGGAAGCAGCCAAUCAGAGCCUGCAGGCGGACCUCAAGCUGGCCUUUAAGAGGAUCGGCGAUCUACAAGCAGCCAUUGAGGACGAGAUGGAGAGCGACGACAAUGAUGACCUCAUCAAUAGUUUGCAAGACAUGGUGACAAAGUAUCAGAAAAGGAAGAACAAAAACGGGGAGGACUCCGAUGUGGACUCUGAAGUGGAGGACCGCGUGGACGGGGUGAAGUCCUGGUUCUCAAAAAAUAAGGGCUCCGCCAAGACCCUAUCGGACGAUGGCGACUUAAAGGCCCCCAGCUCCUCUUCCUUGAGGAGAAACCUGAGCCGGACCGAUGAAGAGAUAGGUGAGGAGGAGAAAGAUCAUCAGAGCAUCGUUGCCGAUGGAGACAGCGAAACCAGACUUUCAGAGACCACAGCGUAGAUCCGAACCAUCAACACGCACACUAGAUCAUGCCUUUGGGUGAAAUCUUCACCCCUUCGGACUUUCACUCCACGACCUAGAUGGUUUUUACUUAGUCUGUUCCAUACAUAGCCAAAAGAGAACGGUAGAGUUAUUAUUAUCAUUGUUAUUUAAGUUAUAGGAGUUUUAAAUUAAGGAUCAUGGGUAAAAACGUAGAAGGAAGAGCGACGUCUGCAAGCAUCCUCCUUUCCACGAUGGACUUCUCUUCACUCUAAAUCCUAACUCGCAUCCAUCACCCUGACCGUUCCCUCAAUCAGGGUUGUUCAGCUAGCCGCCAUAAAACUAAAGCUCAGGCAGAUAAAUUAUGAAGAAGUAAAAGAGAUCAUCUAUAAAAUCUCAGCUUUGCAAUACAAAGUUCUCUAUAGCAAACGCUUGCAAUCAUCAGCCUCCAAGAGGGAAAAACGCUCCAUUUUAUUCUUGUGAGGAAAGAAAUCUUUAGCAUUUUUGUUGAUUUUUGGUUUUUUUUUAAAAAAAAAAGAAUUUUGCUUCUGAUCAGCCAGCUGCUGCAGUGUGAAGGUUGUGAAUUUUGCCUUUAAUCUCUUUCACUUAUCAAGCCUUGCUCUGAAAUCUUAUAUAGUUGUGUAUCUCUCUCAUCUCGGUCAAUAUUGCUUUUCAUCUCUUUCUUUUCUUUUUCGCCGGGGAUUAUUACGAUGCCUAAGGACGGUGUGACGGUUACGUUUGGGAUUAUGUAAUGCCUACACAUGCACUCGACAGGAAGAUCCUCCGAAGCAAAAUAUUCGGAAAUUUGUUCGAAAUACAGUUUUAAAUGGAAUUAAAUAUUUACAAAAUAUUAACGACGGCGUCGGAGAAACCUCAGAAGCGUAUGUGUGAAGGCACACCGUGGUUAUGCGCACAAAUUAGCGGUAAUUUUUGCGUGCUCGGGCGUGAAACGUGGAAGAAUAUAACGUGUUGAGCGGACAAGCCGUUAGCGCAGCUUCGCUUCGUUUCCCUCGUCCGUGUUUUCUAUGCGUCAGAACAUUUUAUCGCAGAAACGUGUAAAAUGACACCGUGUCCGCUCCUGUUGUGGCUUCUGCAAUAAUACGAGAAGGGAUAUAGAAUAUAUUUAAUACGUCUUUGAGAAGGCUUAUCUGCAUAGCGUCAAAUGAUAUUCGGGGUAGUUUUAUUGUAAAUAAAUAUCUGCGAUUGUUUACAUCGUCUUGUUGUCAAACGACUAAGUUUCUUUUUUCAGCGUGACGGAAGAAAACCAUCAAAAGAAAUUAGUAAGCGAGUAAAGCCUGUGGUGUUUCACACGGUUUCAAACACGGCCUUGUCCACUACCCCUUGCCGGUAUAUCCUUUGGUUAAAUCCACAUUGCUUUCUUCGGGGCCAGUUAAAUACUUUAUUAGCUGUGAACUUUCUUAGAUGACCCACUGGAAGCCUGAGGGAGGACGUGAACAGGGCUGUAGGUUUCAGGAGCAGAACUUACCCAGAAUGCACUUCAGCCUGAUGCUAUAUUAUUAGCUUUUGGAUUUUAAUUCAUUAAUGAAUAAUACUUUAUUCUCGUCAUACGUUUCGGUAGUUACAUGCAGUGUCGCAGAAUGUCUGUAAAACAAGUUAAAUCAGUGUUAAAGCUAUAAACAGUCCCUCAGAAGAGCCCCAGAGGGAGGGGGGAGGGGAGAGAAAAGCAAGAUUUCAGCUACACUAGUGCUCUUUAGUUCAAAAACAUGGCUACUGAAUAAAUAAAAAAAAAAAAAGUAAAUAGAUGCAAGCAAUUAGGAAUGUGUAUCUAAAAGAGAAUAUAAUGGAAUUCACCUAGUUUGCAUUUCAAAGAGAUUACACAAUUUCUACCAAGAGGAACAGUAAAAAGGGUUUAAAGAUGUCUGGCAUUUAAUCCGCACCAGACCUCAACCUCCCCUCCUAAUGGAUUGCAUGGCUCGAGUGGCAUGCAGCUUAUUUCCUGCUUUCUGCAGGUCGUCUUAAAAGCCUGCUCCCUUUUCAUUACACGGCCUCCAAAAACAUUUGCCUGUUGGGAAAAGGAAGCACCUACUACGGAGGGGGAAAAAAAAUAAAAUAAAUAAAAACGUCUGCUUUGUGAUUCUUAAAGUCACGUUUUCUAAGCAUUUACUUAGUCAUAUAUACUCACUGGCGACUUCACGAUGAACACCUGCUCGGACACAGUUAUCCAAUCAGCGAAUUAUCACACAGAAACAGUCGUGCCAUGUAGCGUAAAACAAAUCGUCCCAGUGCGUCCGUCCCCACCGCGGCCUCAGAUUCCUGUUCUUAGCUGACGGGACCGGAACCUGCUGUUGAAGUCCAUCCGCCUGAAUAUUUGACGUGUCGUGCUUUCUGACAUGCUUUUCAGCUCACCACGGUUGUACAGAGUGGUCACCGGAGUUACCGCAGGACUUCCUGCGGUAUGUUUUUUUUUUUUUGCAGCAUCCGGUGUAGACUCUAGACACUUUCUGAAAUAGGUCAACCAGCCCAUUUGGCACCAACAACCGUGCCACGGGACGUCAGAGUCACCGAGAUCACGUUUUGUCCCUCAUUCUGACGUGAACAUUAACUGAAGCGCUUGACCUGUAUCUGCAUGAUGUUCUGUAUUGUUCUGAACGAGUAGGUGUAACAGUUCUUCCUAAUAAAGCCUAAUCGUUUUCUUCA